UUGCUGCUAGAUGUUGCAGGACUGUGCAAAAGCACGUAGAGAAGUUGAGUUGCAUUGGAGAGCGUCUCAGUGCUCACACAUUGUAAAGAUACUUGAUGUCUAUGAAAAUCUCUACCAGUCUCGAAAGUGCCUGCUCAUUAUUAUGGAGUGUCUUGAUGGUGGAGAGCUCUUCAGUCGUAUUCAAGAUAGAGGAGACCAGGCAUUUACAGAACGAGAGGCUUCUGACAUCAUGAAAAGCAUUGGAGAGGCCAUACAAUAUUUACAUGCAAUCAAUAUUGCCCACAGAGAUGUGAAGCCAGAAAAUCUUUUAUACACAUCCAAAAGACCAAAUGCUGUGUUAAAGCUCACCGAUUUUGGCUUCGCAAAAGAAACAACAUCACAUAACUCUUUGGCAACACCAUGUUACACACCAUAUUAUGUGGCACCAGAAGUUUUAGGGCCUGAAAAAUAUGACAAGUCUUGCGAUAUGUGGUCACUUGGUGUCAUCAUGUAUAUUUUACUCUGUGGAUAUCCACCAUUUUAUUCCAACCAUGGACUUGCUAUAUCUCCAGGAAUGAAGAAGAGAAUCCGCAUGGGGCAGUAUGAAUUUCCUAACCCAGAGUGGUCGGAAGUGUCUGAUGAAGUGAAACAGCUAAUUAGAAACCUUUUAAAGACGGAUCCAACGCAAAGAAUGACUAUCACAGAAUUCAUGAACCACCCAUGGAUAAUGCAAUCGAUGCAAGUGCCACCAACUCCACUACACACCAGCCGGGUUUUAAAAGAAGAGAAGGAUCUGUGGGAAGAUGUUAAGGAAGAAAUGACUAGUGCUCUGGCCACAAUGAGGGUCGACUAUGAACAAAUUAAAAUAAAGAAAAUAGAAGAUGCCUCCAAUCCUUUGCUCCAGAAGAGGCGGAAGAAGAUCACACCUCAUGUUGCCACCCACUGA